AUGCCACCAUUGCCACCACCAAAACCACGUAUUAAUUUAGACGAAAAAAUGAACGCUACUGAUCAUUAUUACUCCGAACAAACAAGAGGAAAUGAUCAAGUAAUAACACGAGCUCAUUCUGCACUUCCAGCGUCCGUACGACCAAAUCCAAGCGUACGUGCUGUAAGUCCUACUGAAGAACGGACAGUAACGCCGUGUGCAAUAGAACCUGAUCUGGUGGCUAAAGAUAG